AUGGAUCCUCAGGACGAGGCGGGGCUGUUGGACCCCUCCCGUGACUUGCUGCGCCUCCUGGACGACGACGACGACGACGACGAAGAGCCUUCGGCGCCGGCGGUGGCGCCAGCAUCGGCGCCGGCGUCGGCGCCGCCGGUGGCGGUCGAGGCCCCGGCAGCGCCGGUGGUCGAAGCGGCGAAGGAGGCGGAGGAGGCGAAGCCGCCAGCACUGGCCGUGCUGGGACUGGUGGGCAGGAGGCCCAAGGAGGUCUUGGAGGAGAUUUACUUGUGCCAGAUUGGUGCUCCAAACCUGGACCUCGGCCAUGUGCAAUGCUUCUAUCAACCGGAGGAUCAGAUGCUCUUCCUUUGCUUGGAUUUGGCGAUGCCCCUGGAGACGCAUCAAGAGGAGGACUGGGCCUUUCUCUUGAAGGCUGGGAAGAUGGAAGUGUCGAAGCUCGAAGCCUUGCUCUUGCUCUUCAGUCUGUGUCAUGUGGUGAACUGGUUCUGCAACGGCCGGGCGCCACGCUUGGACAGUGACGCGCUGCGACUCCUGGUGAAGGUGCAAGAGUUUCAGGUGCACUGCGCCUUGGAGCACCGCUCCAAAACCAACGCUGCUCCCUUGGUGAUCUUCGUCCACCGCGAGCUGGAGAUGCCCUUCUCACCGGCCGUGCCGGGACAUCAAGUCUACGACGCGGUGGAGAAGGUCCUGGACAACAGGUGGCGAAACUCACUCAAGAAGAUGAAGCUAUUGCAAGAUGCCAAGAGGAGCCUGGCAGGGCUCUUCCGUGUUCAUCGGCCCUGCGCGGUGGCCAUGGGACGCCAGGCGCGCACGGGUGAUUUGGCCCAACGUUGGGUGGAGGAGCCUCAAACAGCCUUGGACCGGCUGCGUGACCGGCUGGCGGAAGCGUCGAAAGAAAAGCGCGAGAAGUUGAGCUUUGAGGACUGGUUGGGCACAGCAUCCGCGCUCCACCUGCGUCUCCACGCCACAUUGACCGCCGCAGCGCGCUUGCCAGAAGAGCUCGCGCAGGCCGUGGGCGAGCCGACGACGGGGCCCACGGGGCCUCGGGAGCUUUGCUGGGCACUGGGCAGCUGGGCCUUCCCAGAGCCUCUACUUUCUUCGCACCCUUCGCACAGCUGCAGGAGGCCAUCGAUGAGGCCUGUCAGAGCUUCAGCGCCAAGCUGGGGAGCGCCGACUCUCAAGAGCUCCUGGAGGCUGCAGAGCAGCAGGUGCUGCAGAAGACCUAUACGCCCUUGGGCGCCUGUGCCUGGGCGGUGGCACGGAAGCACUGCGAACGGCUGA